GGUUAGCGGCCCUAACAAACAACUGAGACACACCAUCGAUAUAAAAUCCAGACCGUCCCCCUUCACCUCUUUUCUUCUCUUCGUUUUCUUUAUCCAUCGCAUAUCCACACCCCACUCCACUCCAGCAAUCACCAUCGCAAUGACCAACGCCGCCGUCAACGUCUACCUCGAUAAGCAGGAGUACGGAAAGGACAGAGUCCGUCUCCUCAAGGUCCACCGUGAUUCCAAGGUCCACCGUGUUGAUGACUUGACCAUCCGCUGCCUUCUCUCCGGGGCCUCGUUCACGACCUCCUACACCGAGGCCUCCAACAAGGCCGUCGUUGCCACGGAUUCGAUCAAGAACACCUGCUACGUCCUCGCAAAGUCCUCCAAGGUCGUCGACACCCUCGAGCUCUUCGCCGCUGAGCUCGCCAACCACUUCUUGAACACCUACGCCUGGGUCGAGGGUGCCCAUGUCACCAUCAUUCGCCACCGCUGGGCUCGCAUGAUCAUCGACGGCAAGCCCCACACUCACUCCUUCUGGCGCGACGGCGAUGAGACUCGCCAGACCGAUAUCUUUGUCAAGCGUGGAGCCAACGGCCGCCGCACUGUCGACCUCAAGUCCGCCAUUGCUGGAUUGUUGGUCCUCAAGACCACCGGCUCAUCGUUCGAGGACUUUGUCAGGGAUGAAUACACCACCCUCCCCGAGGCUAAGGACCGUAUCCUCUCAACAUGCGUGGAUGCCAACUGGGAGUUCAACAUCCCCUCGCUUCAGACCGACAGCCUUCUGCCCUCGAUGUCCCAGAUCCCCUUCAACCAGAUCUACGACUCUAUCCGUGAUGUGACCUGCAAGACCUUUGCUGAGGAUGAGUCGGCUUCUGUCCAGGCGACGCUCUAUAAGAUGGCUGCUCAGUCGAUCCAGAACUGGAAGUGGUUGGACCGUGUCGCCUAUGCCCUGCCUAACCGCCACUUCUUUGCUGUCGACCUCAGCUACUUCAGAGGCACCAAGAACUUGGCUGAGCAUGCUGAUGUUUACCAGCCCUUGUCUGAUCCCUCGGGCCUGAUCACUGCCACUGUCGCCCGCGCCCCUGGCACUGCUCGUCUUUAAAUGCCCUGGUGGUGUUCACAAAGACAUGAAUAGCAACCAUUAACAGAACAUAAAAUAAUAAACCUGUAUAGUAUCUUUCGCACACUAAAUAUGAUACACUCAAUGUCGCCGAUCAAUAUUAUUUUUAUUUCUUUCGCUACAAAACAGGAAGACAGGUGUUGCCAUUGCCUGGUGCCUGGUGUCGUUCAUGCUGGAUCAGGCUGAGGGAAUGCCCGGCCAAUUUUUUUUUCUUC